AGCUCUUGGCAGGGCAGGACCAGCUGGUGCUUGACUGGAGAUGCCUUAGCCAGGCUUGGAGCUGAGUGCACCUUCCCCACGGCCACUGAGGACUGGCUCCUUGCGGAUACGGAAGCCGGUGCCAGAGAGCCCCUCUUGCUGUCCUGUCUGGAUACAGAUUCCAGCUUCUGGGUGAAGAACCGUGUCGGUGUCCUGUGGCCCACUCGAAGGACUGGCUUUAGAACAGUGUGGAUUUGGGGUUUGGGGCUUUCGCGCUAUGGUUCCCCUGAGGGGCCUCCCAUUGCAGGUCGCUGUGCCCUGUUCCUGAGAGCCGAGGUGCAAGUGCACGAGACCAUGAGGCCUGUGUCUCCUGCAAGUAGCACAUCCCCCCUGCGGCUGCUGAACCGGGGCCCGGAGUAUCUCCGCAGGCAGAUGGAGGUGGGGAGCGGGGGCCGCACCCCGAGUGCCGUGGAGAGGCUGGAAGCCGACAAAGCCAAGUACGUCAAAACCCAGCAAGUGAUCAACAGCCGGCAGGAGCCGGUGCUGCGUAGCUGCCCCCCGUGGCCUUCCCCUCGCAGCAGGAGGCGCCUGACUCUCCACCAGUGUCAAGAGAUCUGUCAGAGCUCAGAGCUGGGCCGAGACAGCCCCAAGCAGAACGGCCCCAGGAAGCUGCUGCCUUCCCCCCAGUCCCCCGUGGCGCGCAGGGGCAGCAGCAAACGCCUGCUGAGGCCCGACUCCCUCAUCAUCUACCGGCAGAAACGGGACUGCACGGCCAUCAACAAGGAGAAUGCCAAGGGCUCCGGCCUGGUCAGGCGGCUCUUCCAGGGGCCUCUGAGAGACAAACUCCCCAGCUCCCCCUCCUCCAGGGGCCUGGGCAACAGGCGGCAGGGGCCGGAGAGAGACGAGACCCCCAUGGUGUGGGUGCCGGUGGAGAAGGAGGCUGCUAGAAUGCAGAGCCCAGGGGGCGGCAUCUUCAGCCCGAACGCGAGCCCUGUGGCGCAGCCUCCACACAGCAGCCAGUCGGGGCCAGGCCCGAAGGAGGCCAAGAGGGAGCUGGCCCGAGGCUGCUCCCUGCCCCUCUCAGAGAAGGAGAGGUUUUUCAACUACUGCGGCUUGGACCGGGACCUGGUGGAGGUGCUGGGCAGGGAGAGGUUCGGGCCUGCUGGCUGGGACGCGGCCUCCUCCUUGCUCCUGGGGAGCGUGGGCUCGGCUGGCUCGGAGCGCAGCGGGCCGGCCCACUCCAGCGGCUGCGAAGCGGGGCCUGACGCGGAGGAGCCGGGCGCACGGCGCUGCUCGACCGUCUCCAUUAUCGAGCGCAAUGCCCGGGUGAUCAAGUGGCUCUACGGCUGCCAGAGAGCCUGGGCGAUGUCCAGGGAGUCCACGGUCUGAGGGAAGGGUCCUUUAGAGACCCCGUCCCGUCUCAAGGGCUGGGGGCAGGCGAUCUCCACUCCAGCUCAGGACCCGUCCCGGCACUGGUCACGCCCGCCAGUCCUGCCUCCAGCGAAGGCAAUGGCACCCCCCCGUCACUCUCAGCGUGGGCAGGAGGCGGCCUGGGGCAUGAACCAGGCAGAUCGUUCGGCCCUUGACUGAACCAGACGCUCGUGGGGGUGAAGAUGCCCGGAGCUGGCACUUCCCAUGCUCCUGCCCUGUGUGUGCAACUACCCACAAGCGCCUUUCUGCACUGGGGCUGCCAACUGGGGACUGCCAUGUAAAUGGGGGGGCCCAGGUGCUUCCAGCAAUGCAUGGCCUAAUCCUGCUGAGCGGGGGAGGGGGUGCGGGUGACAUUCACCUCUCAGGGCCAGUGUGCUCAAAACAGAGACUUUCCUCUUUUCAAUGAUAUUUUAAAAUGUGCCCGGGGAAGGAAUUGUGCUGGGGGAGGGGGCUUGGAGCAGCUCCCCCUCAGGACUGGCGCUGGCACCUGAGCGUGGGACCAAUGGGACUGGAAGGGGAGACAAACUGGCCACUCCCUGCGUCCCCCUUGACUGGCCCUUUAACCCUUUCUCUGCUGCUACGCUCUCGGGCUGGCCCCUUCACCGAUGCAGCCAGCUCUGCAGAAGAUGAGAUCGUAAGGGCAGAAAUGGACCCUCUGGCUGCGUGGGCUCCUCCCUUGCUGAGCAAUCCAGGAAUGGCCGGAGGCGCUGGCGUGACACUAGCAGCCUGGGGUGUGUUUAGGUGUAUGGCUGCACCGUGAGAACGGGAUCCAGUGGUGUGGGCAGCCGUGGGACCUGGCUGUGCCAGCCCCGGGAGCCCCCCACGCUGCCAAACUUUCUUCUUUUUUUCAAGAGAAAUUGUUUUCAUUUCGGUUGGAUCUGAAAAGAUCUGAAUAAAGCCGGCUGUGUUUUCAAUCCUGCCGCGUGUGAUCUCUGCCCAAUGGCGAGGAUAUGUCAGAGCUGCGUCCUGUCUGCAUUUCUCUGGACUCCCCCCUGCACUCCACGUGGGAGCAGAGUGAAUGUGAACUGAGGGGGGCUCUGAGCCAUUGAUGUUCCUCUUCCCGCUAGAGCCGACAAAGGGGACUGGAUGGCAGUGGGGCGUGCUGGGAUCGGGGCCAUGCUCAGGCUAGGGUACAGAGCAUCACCAGUUCUCCCACCCCUCGGCAGAGUUCAGCGUCAUUCUGGAGAAUCGGCUUGCCCGAGGCUGGUGGGCCAGUUCCCUCCUGGGUGCUGGGCUCUGCCCUCCUGCGGCCCCUUCCCCCCACAACAGCAGCCUUGCCUUCGGCAACUUCCACUGGCCACCAUCCCUACCCUUGCUUCCCCCUCCCAGCCCCCGCAGGAGCAGAAUGAUCCUUCCCAGCCCGUGCAGAUUCCAGCCUGACAGGAACCUGCCUGAGAGCGUUCUGCGGGAUGAUUUACUCAUCCUUUCAGGAGCCCCGAUCACCCCCGUGACCUGUGCCCUCCUCCUCCAGGUGCAGGAGGGCUCUGGCGCCCGCUGUGCUCCAGAAGCUCUGCUGUGAUAAAUGGCUCCCUUUAAUCUGCAGGGGGAAGAGGAGUCAGGUUAUCUCAGGGGAGCGCUGAA